AUGCACUUCACACUCCCGAUCCUCCUAUUCUCCCUAACCGCAUCCACCGUCGCUCUCCCCGACAAGCUCCCCUCCCACCACAAGUCCAACACCGCGCACAAAAAACCCCCCCCCAGCAAAUCCAAGCCCGACUCCCAGCACCAACCCAAGUACUUCCACGAAGCAGGCGCCACGCUCGAGCUGGGACACUACGACGCGCGGUUCUUCCGGGGCGUCGUGCCGUACGCGGAGCACGGCCCGGCGCUGCAGCGGCUCAUCCGGUCGUGGCUCACGACGACGCGCGAGCUCGGCGUGGACACCUGGCUCGCGCACGGGACCCUGCUGGGCUGGUGGUGGAACGGCCGCGUCAUGCCCUGGGACUACGAUCUCGACGUGCAGAUGCCGACGGCUACGCUGUCGUAUCUCGGGCGCCAUUUCAAUCGCACGUUGCACGAUUAUCAGUUUAUCGUUGAGGGGGAUGGGAGGGGCGGGGAGACGAUUAUUGCUGCUGGUGGGAGUGUUGAUGCUGGGGAUGGGAGGGGUAAUAGGGAGGACAGCGAUCGCGGUGAGGACAUCGUAUAUAUCAACAAAACGUACCUCCUAGACGUAAACCCGCACCACGCGGACCUGACACGCGGCAACGGCGCCAACAUAAUCGACGCGCGGUGGAUCGAUACGGGAACGGGGCUGUUCGUCGACAUCACGGGGCUGGCGGAGCGGGACGCGGUAGGGUCGCCGGGGGUCUGGAGCUGCAAGAACGCGCACCGGUACCGCACGCGCGAGAUCUACCCCGUGCGGCGCACCGAGUUCGAGGGCGUGCCUGCGCGGGUGCCGUACGCGUUCGAUAAGAUACUCACGGACGAGUAUGGCGAGAAGAGCCUUGUUAAUACGGAGUGGGCUGGACAUCGCUGGGUGCCGGAGCUCAAGGAGUGGGUUAAGAACCCGGAGCCGCCGCCGGGUGACAAGGGGAAUGGGAAUGGGAAGGAAGGCAAGACGGUUACGAAGCAGCAGCAGGAUGGGAAGGCUGUUGUGGUGGUUGUGGAGAAGACGGUUGUAAAGGGGGCUCAGUAA